ACACAAAAAAAGUACAUGGUUUCAUUUAGUUGUUUCUCGUUUGCGCGGUUGACCUUCUCAUUUUUCUGCAGUGUCUUAGUUCAUAGUGGAGGAGUGCAUGGUGGUCACUAUUAUGCCUUUAUAAGGCCAACUCUCUCUGAUCAGUGGUAUAAAUUUGACGAUGAGCGUGUAACUAAGGAAGAUAUGAAAAGGGCAUUGGAAGAGCAAUACGGUGGGGAGGAAGAGUUGCCACAAACUAACCCUGGUUUCAAUAACCCUCCUUUCAAAUUCACCAAGUACUCGAAUGCAUACAUGCUUGUAUAUAUUCGUGAAAGCGAUAAGGAUAAAAUAAUUUGCAACGUCGACGAGAAGGACAUUGCGGAACAUCUAAGGGUGAGGCUGAAGAAAGAACAACAAGAAAAGGAAGACAAGAGAAGAUACAAGGCACAGGCACACCUUUUCACAAUAAUUAAGGUUGCAAGAGUUGAAGACCUUGCUGAACAAAUUGGGAAGGAUAUUUAUUUUGAUCUUGUUGAUCAUGACAAAGUUCGUAGUUUCCGAAUUCAGAAACAGACACCCUUUCAACAAUUUAAGGAAGAAGUUGCCAAAGAAUUCGGUAUUCCGGUUCAAUUUCAGCGCUUCUGGAUCUGGGCAAAACGACAAAACCAUACCUAUCGUCCCAAUCGACCCCUAACGCCUCAGGAGGAGUUACAGCCGGUUGGACAAAUAAGAGAGGCAUCAAACAAGGCAAACAAUGCGGAUUUAAAGCUGUUUUUGGAAGUAGAGCGUGGACCCGAUUUGCGUCCUAUUCCUCCUCCGGACAAAUCGAAGGAUGAUAUUCUUCUAUUCUUUAAGCUUUAUGAUCCUGAAAAGGCAGAAAUAAGAUAUGUUGGUCGACUCAUGGUGAAAAAUUCCAGCAAGCCCAUGGAUAUUAUUGAAAAACUGAAUGAAAUGGCUGGCUUUGCCCCUGAUCAAGAAAUAGAACUUUUUGAGGAAAUAAAGUAUGAACCUUGUGUUAUGUGUGAACAUCUGGACAAGAAGACUUCAUUUAGAUUGUGCCAAGUAAUUGUUUAAUUGUGUUAUUUACUGAGCUUCAUUUUACCGACUUGGCUCAGCGGUAAAACCAUUU